CUGUAUAAUAACAACGGAUGUGACGCGUGGCUAAAUGUAAAUACAGAACUUACUGUGUUCUGCAUUGAGUACCACGCACAAUUUCCAGAGCUAACGAAUAAUACAUUGUUUAAAAAAAAUAUGGAUAAUUCUGGGAAAGAGAAAGAGGCUUUGGCUCUCAUCGCUGAGGCUGAUAAAAAGAGGAAAUCCUCACGAGGAUUUGGGGCAUUGUUCGGAGGUUCAUCCCGGAAAUAUGAGGAAGCGUGUGACAUGUAUGUGAAGGCAGCAAACAUGUUCAAAAUGGCCAAAAAUUGGAGUGCUGCUGGCAACGCAUUCUCCCAAGCAGCACACCUCCAUCUGCAGAUGGACAACAAACUUGAUGGAGCCAUCAAUUUACUUAAUGCAGGCAAUGCUUUCAAAAAAGCAGACCCACAAGAGGCCAUCAACUGCCUGAACCAAGCCAUUGAAAUUUACACAGACAUGGGCCGUUUCACCAUUGCAGCCAAACACCACAUAUCUAUUGCUGAGAUCUACGAGAGUGAGCUGUUAGACGUUGAUAAGGCCAUUGCUCACUAUGAACAGGCAGCAGAUUAUUACAAAGGGGAGGAGUCAAACAGUGCUGCAAAUAAGUGCCUUUUGAAAGUGGCCACCUAUGCUGCCCAACUGGAACAGUACCAAAAAGCCAUUGAAAUUUAUGAACAGAUCGGAACUUAUGCAAUGGACAGCGUCCUGUUGAAGUAUGGCGCUAAAGACCACUUCUUCAAAGCAGCUCUUUGUCACUUCUGUGUGGACAUGCUUAAUGCAAGGCUGUCUGUACAGAGAUAUGAGGAAAUGUUCCCAGUCUUCUCAGACGCUAGAGAAUGCAAACUGGUUAAGAAACUUCUAGAUGCAUAUGAAGAACAUGAUGUGGAUGCAUUCACUGAUGCGGUGAAAGACUUUGACUCCAUCUCAAGAUUGGAUCAGUGGAACACCACUAUGUUACUUCGGAUCAAGAAACAAAUACAGGAUGAUGAGAGCGACCUUCGCUAAUCCUUCCCUCUGCCAAUCCAUCAGAACACACCUGGAAGUUUACCGCUAUAUAUAUCAUGUCACAUUCCUGAAUAACUUUCCAUUUUUCUCUCUGGCUGGUCUCAUCCUUUAAUCACAGGCAUUGAACCCUUUAAAUGAGUGUUUCCUGUCUAUCCACUUAUCAAUCUCUGAUGUGUUUUCAAGCAAUAAGGGUCCUGGCCCAGACCCCCAAAGAUAAACUACUGGCAAAAUCCUGUGUAGAAUAGCACCAGAUAGAUAAAGUGUAGCUAUCCCAUCCAAAUAAGAUGGAUAAUUACCUGAGACUAAACAUUGUCGUAGUUUAUUUCUUGUCAUGUGUUGUUUUCUGUCACAGUAACUCCGCGUCACUCUCAAAGUGCUCAUGCUUUUAGGUAAUGUACGUCCUGGACAUUUCCAGAGGCAACAUUAUAUAGUACUGGAACAUACUGUCAUGAACUGGUUUGUUAAACAGUCUUUCCGUUGUAAAAUGUCAAGGCUUCUAAUUUACUUAUUUGAAGUAUGUUGGGCAUUGCUCAAUGCGGCUCUUGUUUUACACAAUAGGAACGUCAUCAGCCAAAGAAGUUUUCGUUGGGCAUCUUAUAUUGGGUUUAGACUUUGGAAGAGAUGGUACACAUUUUUCAACUCUGGAAGAGUAUACAUUAUUUCAGAGGAGUCUGCUAGCAGCCAUUCCCUUUUUAAUCAUUAUUUAUUGAUCUCUUAAAUGUUAACAUGUUGAAUUUUGUUUUAUUAUCCAAUAGAUACUAUUUCUAUGUUGUCAUUCCAAAGGAAAUCGCUUUAAAUUCCCACACAGGGAGAUAGAUUUACCUCAGUGCUAUAGGUAGAAUUAAGAUGAUUCAUAGCAGCCUGCCCAUGUGCAUAAAGGUGGUGGCUUAUUACAAUCUUGCACAUAACCAUUUUUAUUUAUUUCCCAUCUUGAUUAUUCUUUGAUUAAAUAUUUUGUUUAAAAUGA